CAGGAAUGAAUGGCGGAUCAUGAUCCGAAGGCGAAGGACGGUUUAGGUUUGAGAUCACGUUGAUGUACAAGUUGAGAGAGAGGUUUGAGCAGUGUAGAGUCAAAGUAAACAAGACUGUUUUCGACGCACGGACACAGACAAGGAGCCUCAACAAAAUCAAAAAAAGAAACCAGGGAGGCAUUAAUAUGUCGCGAAGCGUGAACUACAUCGGUGGAAUUUCGAGGCCGAGGAACCCUGCUGAGCGGCGAGUACCGUUGCAAGUCGUUCUUAUCGACGACAGCGACGAGGUCGCCAUCGCGAGGACGCUUCGGAAUCACGCGGCCCUCGCGCGCGCCUCGGUAGUGGAGGUCGGAACAUCGAAUUCUUUUGUACCUGCAGACGAGGGCGGCUCGGAGCUUACGCCCAGCCAGGUUACGUUCGAUCCACACGACAAGUUGGACGCCGUCCGGAAGUGGGUCGAGGCUUUUUUUUUGCCCGCGAUCGGACAUGCCUCAUGGAAGGUCCAGAAAGUCGGGGCUGGCACGCUGGGGAAGCGACUAACGGUACGCGUCAUUCUGGUACGACAUAAACAGGAGCAAGUUAUUUCGGACACCGAUCAAAAACAACGGGCGAUGAAAUCUUCGCCGGCGCAACCGAGCAAGACGAAUGUCACAACGGAACACGAAGUGCAAAAUACUACUUUGGCCCGAAAGACAACACCACAUCCAGGCGUGCCGCUGAGUGCAAGCGUCGAAUGCAUGAACAGAUCAGGCGAGCGAGGCGCAAGUGGAAGUGCAGCUUCGGGGCAACAACAUCAAGACGAGGCUGCCCCUUCAGACACAGAAAAAUCCAAGAUUGAACUGGCUAAAGACCAGCAGGGAGCACCAGUCCAAGCGGAGGUGUCAGCAGCUCCUUCAAAUGCGGAAGACCAAAGCGCAGAAAUUUCGAGCCCCGCGCUGCUGCAGCUGGUGGACAUGGGCGGAAACCAUUACUGCUUCAAGUUUCACGAUGGCAGAAUGGCGCCGCUGGUCGUACCAGCUGACAUGAAGAUCAGUGAGGCGAAGGACGCGUUGCACAGGCGCUGCUUUCCCGACCAGAACCGGCCCCUUCUGCAGAACUUGCACACCACGAGCUGCGAAAUUUCGAGUGAGCGGUCGCUCGCGGUGGAGGAUGAUGAUCCGAUGGAGAUUUGCGAACCUCAGCAUAGUCGUGUGGGAACCGUGCGAACGAGCCCAGUGAAACGACCACCAUGCGAGCAGGAUGGCAGUCGUGUUGAAAGCGAAGGCGACGGCACGCCGGGGGGAGCCUCUGCUGCUGCGCCUCCGGUCGAGAAGCCAGUGGAGGAAGCUGUUGAGGAGGACCCGGAAGACGCUCCAGUCGGAGACAUAUGUCCCAGUGGCGGAACAGAAAUCGCCUUGCUCUUUCCCUGUGAUGACGAAGAUGAAGAAGAGAAACCUCCCUCAUAGUGAGCACUGUGGGCUCUUUGGCUCGUCGCGCUCUAUUUUAAUGAGUGCUUCCUUUUUACUAUGUACUUGAAUAUGC